AUGGUUACUACAGAACAAGCUUAUUAUAGUAGGGGAUUCAAGAAAUCAGUUUCUGAUACCCAUGCUUGGAGAACAGUUGAAAAUUCUGCUAAAUAUUUGAUACCAGUUAUUAAACCUGAUUUCAAGGUCUUAGAUGUUGGAAGUGGUCCUGGUUCAAUUACUAUUGAUUUUGCUAAAAAUUACUUACCCCAAGGCUCAAUUAUUGGUGUUGAACCAACACAAGAAUUAAUUGAUGUUGCUAAUGAAAACAAAUUAAAGAAUGAUUCUAAUUUAGAAAAUGUAUCAUUUCAAUUAGGAUCUAUUUAUGAUUUGCCAUUCGAAGAUAAUUCAUUUGAUUUGGUCCAUGCUCAUCAAGUUGUUAUUCAUUUACAAGACCCAAUUAAAGCUUUAAAAGAACUUGAAAGAGUUACCAAGCCAGGAGGUUAUGUAUGUGUUAGGGAUGCUGAUUUAGAAUCAAGUAUUAUUUACCCCGAAAAAUUUGAAUUUUUAAGUCAAUUUUAUGUUUUAAAGGGUAAAAAUGCUGUUUCUACUGACACAAGAGCUGGAAGAAAAUUAAGAGCUAGAGCAAUUGAAGCUGGAUAUGUACUUGAUAAUAUAAAAACAUCAUUUUCAUCCUGGUUGGUAGCUGAUGAUAUGGAGAUUAAAAAAAGAUGGACUGAUUCCACAACAACUAGAAUUAAAAGUGGCGCAGAAGUUGUUUUCCCAGAUGAUCCUGAGAAAAAUAAAGAGACUAAUGAGAAAGCAAUCAAAUUAUGGAAAGAAUGGCUGCAAGAUGAAAAAUCGACAUUUACAAUGGUACAUUUUGAAUUGACAUAUCAAAAACCUAUAUAG